AUGCACGGUUCAACUAGUAUAUAUAAAAGCCCCAAUAUGGCUGAUACUAUGAAUUGACAUUGGUAUUCCAAACUUAUUAUUUUUGGUACCAGAAGUUAGGAAGGCUUUUUUUAAUGUCUUAAUUGCAAGCUUAAAUUAAAAGGGAAUUAAAGGGGGAGAGGACGGGAAGGGGGAGAGAAAGGGGAGGGAACACACCGACCCUCGCUUACCUGUCUGUCAGUUUUUUACUAUUCCUAACAUGCUUUUCCUCCUCCUAUUCUCCCAAUCUGCACCAAUUUCUUCUUUCUCCCACUCUUAACUCUGAACAGAUCUGCGAAAAUCUCCGGCAGCGUUACAUCAAAGGAAGCUUCGUAUUUCUAAGCUUCGCAUUUCACGUCCAUAAUGCUGGCACAUAUAGUUUGAUGUUUUAGUAGUGACAAUAAAUAAAUACAUAAUAAUGAACAGAAGCUUCAGAGAUUCUAUGAUCAGCGGGAAGAAUUUCCCUAUCUCGUCGCAGCACCGGCGAGGACUUAGUCUUAACGGAGCUUCUAGGGAGCCCGACGAUAAUUUGGAUCUCUUCUCCAAAAGUCGCCGUAGUGUUUCUGUUCUCUCCCCCGACGAGUCAGAUGUUGCAGUUAAGCUGGGAAGGCUUUCAAUUGGAUCAGUGAAGCAAUUAAAGAGUGGAUUAGAGGAUCUGCUGGCAUCUACGGAAGGAGAGAAACAUGAUUAUGAUUGGCUCCUCACUCCUCCAGGAACUCCUCUUGUUCCUUCAUCAGAUGGAAGUGAAACAAAACCAGUUUCAGUGGCUCUAAGAGGCAGCUCAUUGGUCAGAUCGGCCUCCACUUAUAAGGCUUCAAGGCUUUCAGUGUCUCAUUCAGAGAGCAAUACUCCUGCAAGGCCAACUCGGAGUAAAUCAGCGACUCGACCUUCCAUUAGUAGCUCUCAGUAUAGUACUUACUCAAAUAAAUCAGGCUCUAUUCUGAACACAAGCUCUGCAUCGGUCUCCUCCUAUAUCAGACCAUCUACGCCAACUAGCCAUUCAUCUUCUUCAGCCAGGCCGUCCACUCCAACCUCCCGUGCAACAGUGUCCAGACCUUCAACUCCUUCUAAAGCCCGCCAAGCCCUAAAUACUUCUAGGCCAACCCAGAGCUCGAGACCUUCUACUCCAACUUCCCGGCCCCAAACAUCUGGAAACAUGAAUACCCCUGCUGCCCGGUCUACUUCAAGGCCUUCAACACCUACUCGUCGGACCGUAACACCUUCGUUAUCUCCAGCGUCUAGAUCUUCAACUCCAGCAGGGCGCUUUGUCACCAAUGCACGAACUACAGCUUCUGUUUCUCGUCCAAGCUCCCCUAGUCACCAAGUUCGGCGACCAUCACAGCCGAUAGUUCCCCCAGAUUUUUCACUUGAAACACCACCAAAUCUACGCACAACUCUGCUAGAUCGGCCUCUAUCUGCUGGCAGGUCCAGGCCGAAUCCUUCUGUCACUACCAAGGGAAAUGCCGAAACCCCAAGUAUGGCAAAUCCUCGGAGACAGUCAUCACCCAUUAUUAGCAGGGGAAGACUAACAGAAUCCUCUGGUAGAGGACGAGGGCUUGGCAGUGGGCAGCUAAGUGAUAUAUCUGAUUCCCGUAGGGCUUCACAUGUCUCUGAGUCGUCUUCAAGGAAGCCUGUAAAGACUGCUACUGACAGCAUGGGACUUGGAAGGACAAUUUCUAAGAAAUCUCUUGACGUGGCCAUCAGGCAUAUGGACGUUAAAAACGGCCUUAAUAGUGUUCGUCCACUUUCUGGUUCAACCCUCUUUCCUCACAGUAUUCGAUCCACAAAUGGGAAAGGCCAGCAUUCUCAUGGUUCGACAGCCGCAUCCUUUAUCUAUGAGAAUGUGUCUUAUCACUGUAAUGGUAAUCUUCCAGAAAAUGGUAAUUACCUAAACAGAUCAUCUGAAAACGGGAGUGAAGAGGCCAAGUCUCAACAUUCAGCAAAAUUGACAAAUAUUGAUAUUUAUGAAAGUUCUCGUUACGAUGUGCUUUUGCUGAAAGAGGAUUUGAAGAACACGAAUUGGUUGCACAGUAUCGACGACAAGUUGGACCAAGAAACCAUAUUUGAUAACGGAUUCGAGUCUCUGCCUGAACCUUUUAGCCCUUUACAACAUUUGUGAAAGGAUGUUCCUUCUAGUAUUACUAAUUUUUCCUUUUGGAUUCUAUUUGUUACUAAAAUCAUUUGUUUGCAAAAGAAUAUAAGAAGAGAUGUAAUGUGGCAAGUUAGGCCAUCAGGACUGUGAAAGGCGACCUACUAUGUCUAUUUAGUUUCCAUUAUUAUGUAAGCAAAAUGACUUCUUUAUUUCAUUUCAUAAUCCAUAGGCCACAAGAAGAUGGUGGUUGCGGCAAA